AUGAGACAAAUGUGCUUAAUAAUAGUUAUUAUUGGAUUAAUAGCUAUACAGACUUCUGGGAGACUACAUUUUAAACGAAAAAGUGUCGCAUAUGAAUAUCCGUAUUAUCAAAUAAUUCUAACUUUAGGAAGUUGCAAAGAUAAGAUAAUUUAUUCGGAAUCAAAGGUUUGGGGGCACACACGGUACAACAGAGUCCUUGAUAUAUAUUUCAAAAGUGAAGAUCCAUCCGUCUUGGUGUCGAAAGCAGAGAUAAUUCUCUUAAUAAAUAACACAAACAUUAUGGCGAAUUCAGAGAAGGGAGUUGGAAACCAAGAGUUCGGUGCGACUGUGUUCCUUCCCGCUGACUCUGGUGCUAUACUAUUCUACCUGACGAUUUACGCUUGUAAUGGAAACACAUCUGAAAAAGAUAUUCCUGCCAAGUGCUCUGAAAAAUAA